UACGGCGAGGCUUCGAGAGCUGACAUCACGAUUAAAAGCUUUGCACGACAGCGCCGUCCAAGUUAGUCGUCGAGAAGACUCCGUUUAGAAAGUGUGCUCUGUCCGCGCGUAUCAUAUAGAUACCCCCUUGUGCAGUUCGCUGGGUGUCUUUAUCAGUUGAAUUGUGAUUUUGAACACUUUGGUUUUUGCUAGUCAUCGUAGUGCCUCUUACCUUUCCGAUAUUAAUUAUUACUUUGCGUGUUAUGCAAAUUUGGCCUCCCAUAAUUGGGUGUUAGGCUUCAGGUUCAGGUAUUCGACGUGCCAUAUGUCGAAGGGCUGACACGACGUGAACUCUCACUGGACACAUAAGUCUUCUGCAGCUAUGCUUAAAUCUGGUCAUUCAUUGUGAAGAGUGUUUUUUUGCUUCUUUAAAAACCGUACAGUGAAAGAGAAGGAGGAAGCCGAACAUCAGUGAUAAAAGUGAGAGUUUUUUACUUCACGUUGCUGAGCUGAGUUGUAUAUAUUCAAGUCAUCUCGGACGCCUGGCAUAGAUUUUGUUUGGGUCAAGCGAAGUAUGAAUGGUGAUUUUUAGACAGACAGCCGUCUACUGUAUGAUAUAAUAAUUACUCGCGGAAGUGCAGCACAAAAGCGCGUGAAAGGAGAAAAUUUGCCUGCCGUCGUCAUGUUUGUAAAACGUAGAAAAGUGGCCAAUUCUAACAACAACGUAAUCUUGAGCAACGUCAACUACGAGAACAACGGUAAUGGGCAGGUGGCUAAAUCACGCUGCGGCAAGCACAAAGAUUGCAAUGGUGGCACAAGUGAGUGUCUACAAGUUGCCACAAAUGUAACCGAGCAGAAGCACAACGUAACGCGCGAAGUUCGUGGCAACAAUUUGGGCCUUUGCCGCGGCUUCCGAGGAUGCACCGUGUGGUUGACGGGCCUGAGCGGUGCUGGCAAGACAUCGAUUGCCUUCGAGCUGGAAGCCUAUCUGGUAUCGAAGGGCAUUCCCGCGUACGGUCUCGAUGGGGACAACAUCCGCACGGGUUUGAACAAAAAUCUGGGAUUCUCGCAAACGGAUCGGGAGGAGAACAUCCGCCGGGUGGCAGAAGUGGCCAAACUGUUCGCCGACAGUGGAGUCGUGUCGAUUUGCAGUUUCGUUUCUCCGUUUGCAGAAGAUCGAGAAAUGGCGAGGAGGAUACAUAAAGAUUCGGAUUUGAAGUUUUUCGAAAUACACGUGGAUACUCCUUUGGAGGUGUGCGAGUCACGUGACGUAAAAGGCUUGUAUAAAAAGGCUAGGGAGGGUGCCAUUCAAGGAUUUACGGGAGUGACACAAGCUUACGAGGCUCCGGAGAACCCCGAUCUUUCCGUUCCGACGGAAGGGCUAACCGUGCGACAAUCUACGUUUAAGGUCAUCAAACUUCUAGAAGAUGAAAAUAUAAUACCAAAGUUCAUAAAGGACGAUGAACCGAUCCCGGAGUUGUUCGUUCCGGAUCACUUGAAAGUUUCUGUAGAGGCGGAAGCAAAAACACUGCCAUCGAUUCCGAUAACAACCGUUGAGCUUCAGUGGCUGCAAGUAUUAGCUGAGGGCUGGGCCCAUCCACUGAAGGGUUUCAUGCGUGAAAAGGAGUAUCUACAAGCACUACACUUCAACUGCAUGCUGAGUGAAGAUGAGACCAUGCGAGAAAAUCAGUCCAUUCCAAUAGUAUUAUCGGUUAGUGAUGAUGAUAAGAAGAGACACGAGGGCGUCAGCGCUCUGUCGUUAUCGUACGAUGGUCGUGUUGUAGCGAUACUGAGGAAACCCGAGUUUUAUUUCCAAAGAAAAGAAGAACGAUGUGCGAGGCAGUUUGGCACGUCGAAUCCAAAUCAUCCUUAUAUCAAAAUGAUAAUGGAAUCCGGUCAGUAUUUAGUUGGCGGAGAGGUUGAUGUUUUGGAAAGGAUUCGCUGGAACGAUGGCAUGGACAAUUACAGGCUAACGCCGAACGAACUUCGCCAAAAGUUCCAAGACAUCAAGGCGGAUGCCAUAUUUGCGUUCCAAUUACGUAACCCUAUCCACAACGGGCAUGCGUUGUUGAUGAGUGACUGUCGACGGCAACUGUUGGAGCGUGGAUUUAAAAACCCCGUACUACUGCUACAUCCACUGGGUGGAUGGACGAAGGACGAUGAUGUGCCUCUGCCGGUACGAAUGGCACAGCAUCAGGCCGUUUUGGAUUCCGGUGUACUGAAGAGGGAGCACACCAUUUUAGCCAUAUUCCCGUCCCCGAUGAUGUACGCCGGUCCCACUGAGGUGCAGUGGCAUGCUAAAUCCAGAAUGAAUGCCGGUGCUAACUUUUACAUUGUUGGCCGGGAUCCAGCUGGAAUGCCACAUCCCGAUAAGGAAAUGUAUCCGGACGGUAACUUGUACGACGGAACGCACGGCGCUCGGGUGUUGAAGAUGGCUCCUGGAUUGGAUAGUAUUGAGAUUCUACCAUUCCGCGUGGCUGCAUAUGAUAAAUCCGUUUCCCAGAUGGCAUUUUUCGAUCCCAACCGGAAGGAGGACUUCGAUUUCAUUUCCGGCACCAGGAUGCGAACCUUGGCACGUACCGGACAGAAUCCACCGAACGGGUUCAUGGAACCGAAGGCGUGGAAGAUUCUUUCCGAGUACUAUCAGUCGUUGAAGGGUGGAGACAAUUGAUGAUGUUCGAAAAAACAGUUCAGCUAAGGAGAAAUAUCAAAAAAUAGCACAACGUUUGCAUGCGAAUUGUGUAGAGCACCAUUUUAUUUUUAGUUUAGUUUUUUUUGAAGAUUAUGUUUUUAUCAUCAAACUUUUAUUGUUGUACUAUUAUUAUAUAUUUUAGCUAUGAAUUGGUUUGUUCGGAUGAAUGAACAAUAAAAUACUAAAUGGGAUAAAAUUUAAA